AUGAUUAACACCAUUAUUAUAAAUCCCGAAGAUGACGAGCGUCCGCAUGCAGAAAUAUCGGUUCUGGGCAAGAAACUACGAGGACUAUUGGAUAGUGGAGCAAGCUGUUCCCUGCUUGGUGGCAACGCGAUCAAAAUAAUCGAAGAGCUGAAUCUGCGGAAAGGAGAGGCCAGGGGCCAGAUCAAAACAGUGGAUGGAACAGCGCAUAACAUAAGAAGCUUCGUUUAUCUCCCGAUAUCAUUCAACAACCGGGUUCAGACAAUCGCAGUACUUCUGGCUCCUUCCUUACCAGAAUGUGUUGUGCUUGGCAUGAACUUCUGGAACACCUUUGGUGUCAAACCAGUAUGCUGCGCGUUGAACGAAGUUAACAUAGAGACCAGGGAUCACCCGGAGACCGAUGAGACUGCAGUGGAAGAACCAAUGAAGGAGUUAACACCAGAGCAGAAGAGAGCAUUGGAUCGUGUCAUCGCAACUUUCCCUACUGCAAAGGAAGGCGUAUUAGGUCGCACCACCCUCUACGAACACCGGAUAGAGAUCGGCGAGGCUAAACCCAAGAAGCAACGGCAUUACCCGAUGUCUAAGUACGUGCUAGACGAAGUCAAUAAGGAAAUCGAUCGAAUGCUGGCGCUGGACGUCAUAGAGGAGGCAAUGUUCUCUCCGUGGAACAACCCACUGGUGGCGGUGAAAAAGAAGAACGGCAAUUACAGGGUUUGCCUAGACGCACGACACUUAAACUCAAUUAUGACGAAUGAAGGAUACCCGAUACCGCAGAUCUCCGCCAUCAUCAACAACCUUGGAGGAUGCGCAUAUAUCUCGUCGAUAGAUUUGAAAGACGCCUUCUGGCAACUACCACUGGAGGGAGCGUCUAGACCGUUGACUGCGUUCACGGUACCUUCCAGAGGGCACUUUCAGUUUAAAGUAGUGCCGUUUGGUCUUUGCACGGCCAGUCAAGCACUUUCUCGGCUGAUGACGCAUCUGUUUGCCGAUCUGGAACCACGAGUCUUCCACUAUCUAGAUGACAUCAUCAUCUGUUCGCGCACGUUCGAAGAGCACUUGGAAAUGCUGGCAGAGGUAGCAGCUCGGCUACGACGUGCGAAUCUCACCAUAUCACCAGAAAAAUCAAAAUUCUGCAGGGAGGAGAUAAAAUAUCUAGGCUACGUGUUGAAUGAGAAUGGGUGGAAAGUUGACGACGAAAAGAUAGCCUGCAUAGUCAAGUAUCCAACACCUACGAACAGGAAAGAAGUCCAACGAUUCCUCGGCCUAUGCAAUUGGUACAGGAGGUUCAUAGCAGAGUUCUCACGGAUCGCAGCACCGCUAACCGAGUUAACGAAGACAAAGGCAAAGUUUCGAUGGACGGCGAAGGCAGAGGAAGCAGCACUCAACCUCAAAGCAGCUCUAGUUUCGGCUCCGGUGUUGAUCAUGCCGGACUACAACAAACCUUUCUCGGUAGCUUGCGACGCCAGCGACAUUGCCAUUGGGGCGGUCUUAACGCAGGAAGUGGAUGGAGAAGAACACCCUGUAAGUUACUUCUCUCAGAAAUUAUCGUCCUCAGAGCGAAAAUACUCCGUAACCGAGCGAGAGUGUCUGGCGGUGAUCCGUGCCGUUGAAAAAUUCAGAGGCUACAUAGAAGGAGUGAAGUUCGUCGUCUACUGUGAUCAUGCAGCACUAUCAUACUUGCUGUCCUUGAAGAACCCAACCGCACUCAUGAGCAGGUGGAUCCUCAGAUUGAAUGCAUUUGACCUGGAAAUCAAAUACCGUAAAGGAAGUGUCAAUGUGGUACCAGAUGCGCUCUCGAGGAUUGUGGCGACCACCAGCUUUACAACAGAAGAAACAGAGGAUUCGUGGUACGAAGCGUUGGAGCACAAAUUAAGAACGCAAGCAGAAGACUUCCCUGACUUCAGGUUAGUUGAAAACCACAUCUAUAAGAACUGUUUGUGCACCGAAGGCGGGGAGACGACACACAAAUGGAAGCGAGUAGUGGCAAUGAAGAACCGUGCAGAGAUCAUCAAGCGAUACCACGACGAGCCUACCGCAGGACAUCUAGGAUUCCACAAAACGCUGGACAGGGUUCAGUCGCAGUUCUACUGGCCAAAGAUGAGAGAAAACAUUGGACAGUACGUUAGAAGCUGCGGCGUAUGCAAAGCAAGCAAAGCUCCAAAUACUACCAUGAUGCCGGACAUGGGAAGCCUAAAACCUGCUAGAAUACCGUGGGAACUAGUGUCGGUAGAUUUUGUCGGUCCUCUGACACGCUCAAAACGCGGCAACACGGUUCUACUAGUCGUGGUGGAUUGGAUAACAAAGUACGUGAUUGCUCAUCCUAUGCGCAGCGCAGACUCUGGAAAGAUGGUGGAAUUCCUCGAGCAGCAAGUCUUUUUAAAAUUUUCACGUCCCAGAAUCAUUCUAUCGGAUAACGGUAGACAAUUUGAAUCGAUCGCUUUCAAGUCACUGCUCUCGCGGCAUAAGAUCACGCAUAUGAAGACAGCGUUCUAUUCACCAAUGGUAAACAACGCGGAGCGUGUUAACCGGGUGCUGAUCACGUGCGUACGAGCUCUUCUGGACGAUAACCAUGCUGGAUGGGAUGAUAAUCUGGCGGCGAUAACGGCGGCGAUCAACAGCGCUAAGCAUCAAGUGACAGGAGUCAGUCCGCAUUUCGCCAACUUCGGGAGAGAUCUACUGCUACACACAGAUUUAUACGCUCAAGAAGACCUCAACACACCGGAAGAUCCAAAGGUGGCACAAGACAUGCGGUUAUCGACAGUGAAGAGGAUCCAAGAGUUCGUGCUGCAGCGAAUAAGGAGGAACCAUGAGAAGACCAAGCAACGAUACAAUCUGCGGACAAGGCAGGUAGACUUCAAGAAAGGAGACAUCGUUUGGAGACGCACGUUUACCCAAUCUUCCAAGGCAGAUCACGUCAACAAGAAACUGGAUCCGAAGUUCGUGCCAGCAAUGGUGAAACAGAUCCUGGGGAAGAACAUCUAUAUGCUGGAGGACGUUGCUGAUGGCAAGGCAGGCCGUUAUCACGCAAAGGACAUCAAGGCAGAUUAAGCAAACGUGGUAAAGCUAUGUCCACAGGCAAAGCCUGUCAACGAUGAGCACUAUGCUCCAGAAAUCCGUGCCUAGCGGGAAAACGGCAGUCAGGUCAGGUGUGAUGAGCAAAAACUUCUAUAUGACUACCUCUCCACCUCGACAGUUUAAUCAGCUAUGUAAGCAGCCUUGUUGCAGACUACGACCUUCAUCACGAAGAGAAGAACACACGCAUUGCGGUCACAAGAGUCAGAAAACAUCAUUGCGGUCAUCGCACGCUUCCGUCGCGCCAGGAAGUGGACCGCUCGCCGUUCGCAAAACGAGAGAAAUUGCACCUUGCAGUUCUGGCAACGGGAUGCAGGGAGCUCACCAAUGUUCCAGAUAGUGUCUUGGGUAGGAGGAACGGAGACCCGGGGUCGACGACCAACAAUCGGUUCGGCGCGGAGUUGAUGUUUACGGCCACUACCAGGCGCAGCGAGGUAUCAUCUGGAGAUGUUGGGAGUAGUGGAGCACGACGACAAACAGAAGCCUACGGAAGGCACGGGAGAUUGGGACCCUGAAAGCUUAUAGUGAGUAGGGAGGCUCCAAAGACCAGCAUGCGAAGCGGCAAGGAGACGUAGCAGAAGCCUGCAGAGGGCGCGGGAGAUUGGGACCCCGAAAACCGAUGGCGAGUAGGGAGGCUCCAAAUACCAGCAUGCAAAGCGACAAGGACAUGGAGCAGAAGCCUGCAGAGGGCACGGGAGAUUGGGACCCCGAAAACCGAUGGCGAGUAGGGAGGCUCCAAAGACCAGCAUGCAAAGCAGCAAGGAGAUGGAGCAGAAGCCUGCAGAAGGCGCGGGAGAUUGGGACCCUGAAAGCUAUAGUGAGUAGGGAGACUCCAAAGACCAGCAUGCGAAGCGGCAAGGAGACGUAGCAGAAGCCUGCAGAGGGCACGGGAGAUUGGGACCCCGAAAACCGAUGGCGAGUAGGGAGGCUCCAAAGACCAGCAUGCGAAGAGGCGAAACCACUCAAUCAGCUAUGAACAACACCAGUUACAAGGAGUUCAGCCCUCGAGAAACACUCAAGAAGGAAGCAUCGAAGUCACAAGCCCUGGAUGGUGUACUGGCGGUAGCUGCAACAGCAAUAAUCGAUCAGGUCCAGAGUGUUACGUAAUCCUAUAAAUCUGUCAAAUAAAGGUCUUCUUGGCACCUCGUAGUGUUCGGGCGUUUGCAUGGCAUAUCAUCCCGGGUUUUACCCAAAAGCAACGCGACCAUGGGCGCGGAUAUUCCAAGGCAACAUGGAAUUGUAAACCCUAUUCCUGGACCCAUGCAAAUCGAGAGCGAGCAAAUGCGCUCUUUCCCGAACUAACUACUCAAGCUAUGCACUUGACUUAGCGACUAGGCCACAAGGCACGAAAACAGGCAGUAAAAGGAAUCAAACCACCGACGAUGUCCAAGCCUUAAAUAAUUUAGCCAAAUAAUUGUAUUCCUCUAUGUUAUUUGUAAGAUUUCUCUAGUUUAGUUACAACUAGAGAUAAUCUGUUUGAAUGUCUCGCUGUGGGACAGCUAGCAUAGAGAUGAUGGACAAGAACUUCUCUAGAGACCAUUUGCCAAGACUUCGUUGGCGUCUGAUCAAUUUGUCUGACAGGACUCGCUGUCGUUCGCAGAACAAUAUGAGUUUUGGAUUUAGCAUUCCCGCUCUGGCAAGUGGUGAGACUUUCGCUAUUUAGUUUGGAUUUUGUGCCGUUUAGUAUGUCUGUGAAAACUAAACAACCAGAUCAGUACAGUCUCUAGAAAACUUCUUAAUGGAAGUGAAAGUUUAGAAUUUUUCAUGAAUCGCCAUUACCGAUUCAUGAAAAAUUCAAUCCCCACAGUGAAGUUGUGUAACGUUCGAUGUUGAUUUUGAAUGGAAACAUUUGCUUAAGGAUAGUUAUAAUCAGAAUCAAAUAAGUGUGUAAUCAAAAACAGCUAUAAAAUAGCGCCCAGCACUAUCGAUUGCUUGAAAAGAAACUAGAGCACCAAAUUUCACUGCAUCGCUGCGCUCGUCGUCUAUAUCGAGACAAAGGAUGACAAUCAAACUUCCGUCAUCGCCGUGAUCGCCGACCGGAGGGUGGAAAAACUGCGAGCAGUUAGAAGGUGUGGUGUGCUCGAAGCGGUGAGGCGACAUUUGCAGUUCGGUUCGCAGAAAGGACUGGUAGCCGUGCCGAGAACUGGACAAAGAAGCCCGCUACGGACGGGCAUUACUCUGGUUCAAUCGUUGCCAUCCAUAACGGCAAAGCAAAAACGGAUCAAAAGCGCCUGAGACCCUGCGAAACCCCGGUGGCUACCUAAAUCAUUCCAGCCGGGAGCGCUCGGAAUAGCCGACAGCAAUCGUCUCGGAGCGUAUGCCGUGGCAGAAGGCGAAAACCAACCGAGCAGCACUUCGUAUUGCCGUCACCGAACGAUCGUAAGUGAAAACCAGUCACUCCAACCACUGAAAAGUAACCAUACGAUUUCCAACAGGCACAAAUCACCAUCCGAAGCACGAGGCAAUCCGAUUGGACCCCCAGAGGCAAACGAGCAACUUGCGCAACCGGAGAGGCCCCAAAGGGUGAGUUUAAAGAAAAUAAACAGUGUCAAAAGACGUUUAUGAACGUACAUUAUAUCGACAGGGCCUUUUUUGUUGCGUGGCUUAUCACGUGGAUCCCACUUGGACGAGUCCUUUCCUCGGAUCGCGGACAGGAGACACCAGCUUGUCAAAUCAUCGUGGGUCGAUAGCACCCGGUUCGGUUUGGAUCUAGAGGCGACGGACGAGAGUGGUGGGCUGCAUUAUCCGGCCGGACCCGAUAAUUGGACGAACGACCGUACAUUAGGCGAUAUCGGGAAUCACCGACCGCUUCUGCCGACAAGCACCAUACUAUCACCACGGCGGAUUCGACAGCGAAGUACGUCUAGUCGAUUUUAGCUUACGAGCGAAAGUCGUCGAUUCGGAUCACGUGCGCGGAGGCGAUCCACUGGUCACAACCGGUGAGCGAGGUACCAAGCCAACACGCAUGGACGUUCAUCAGUGAAGGACGGUAUGAGCCGGUUAAGCGGUAAGCCAGAACGAUCAAUGUGCUAAAACCAAGAUGAUGAAGAUUAGAUUAAGUUUCUAAGUUAAAACGCAUGCGUGAAAGACCAGGAGUGCUAGGGACCUUAGAAGAAAAAGUGGAUGCCCUAUGGGUGAAAUGAGUUAAGGUUGAAAUAUACAAUGUUUCCAAAUUGAAUUUGGCUCCCUUUUGCUUUGGUUAGUGGAAAGAUC